GUAAGAAUCGGAGAAGGCAGGAAGGCAGUGGGUGGGUAGGUGGGUGGCAACCAGGGCUUCCCUGGCAGAUGACAAUGGGGACCCUUCAGUUCUGUCCUUGCUGUUGUCUGGUACACACAGCAGAGAAAAACGUGCCAAGGCCACCGCAACUGACGUGCCAGCAAGCCACAAAAUGGCCUGUUGAAGGUGUUGAUGUUCUGGCCACAGAGUACCUUGAACCCGGGUCUUGGGGCCUGAUGUGCGAGGCAACUCCUGAGCAACCAGACCCCAGCUUCUUAGAAGUGACCAUGGAAAACCGACCUCUGGGGAUGGCAUUGGCUGGCUCUUGGCUCCUGCUCCUUUGUUGCCGGUCUGCCCUGCUCCUCAAGCCCUCUGCAACAUUUCGGCCUACUCAGUUGAGUCAACCGGUGGGAACGACGGCUGAGUUCCACUGUAAUAUCUCAGUGGAUGUUUCAGACUCUUCAAUGAACUGGUUCAAACUGGGGGCAGACAGGCAGCCAAGAAUACUGGAUACUAGCAACAGGAACAAAAAGUACCAAAUAACUUGUCUGAGUUCAAAGAUGUCCAAGAUGGCCAUCCUGAAAUUAGAAAAGAAUGACAGUGGAACCUAUUUUUGCACGUUCACAUCUUUCUCCUUAAACCAGACUCUAACAGAAAGCGACCGAGGAAUCCUCACCGUGACAGAAUUUGCACCAAAGACUGAAUUACCAGAAGAAGAGGAAGAGGAGGACCAGGACCAUAAUGAUGAAAAAACUAAUGAAAACACUGACCACAAAAUCCGCCUUGUUGCCAUUGGAGUGUGUGGACUCCUCUUGGUCUUGAUACUGGGAUCUUUAUGUUUCUUCCUCAAUAAUGUUAGCCAGCGAAGGCAAGGGCGAAGAAAAUUCCAUGAUGAAAAUGCUCCCUUGGAAGCAGAGCCCCCCGCAGUGGCUGUAUUCACCGUGGAUUAUGGAGUGCUGGAAUUCCAGGCCAGACAAAAUGUAAGGAGGCCUCCUCUUUGUCCUCCUUCUCCCAAGCAGCAAACGGAGCAAACGGAAUAUGCCACUAUCGUCUUCCCCCCAGAGAAGCCAGACCCAGUGAACACUGAAAAGAGGACUAAAAGGCAGGGGAGAUGUGCCACCAGCAGGGCACAUCCACAUUGAAGGGUCAGAGGCAAGAGAUGGUGACGGGCAAGUCUUCCUGCCCCACUUCUGGGGCAGCACCAGAGAUGUUGACAGUAGUGGCCAUGAUUCAUCUCUGAAAGCAGACACAGUCUGGAGCUCAGUUGCUGACUAGAAACCACAUCCUCCGAUUUCUAUGCCACGGAGGUGGACUGAGGUGAGAAACAGACUGCAUAUGUUCAGAGUAGGGGGUUUCAUGAAUAUUGACUAUGUUUUCCACCCAUGAUGGCAAAGGGUGUUUUGACGUAUCAGGACAUGCUGUGGAAGAAAAUUCCAACCACCACUUGAGAAUGAAAAAAACGACAACCCCAAAACCUAGCCCCUUCCCCCUAAUUUUGUUGGGUUUCUUUCUGUGCAGAAAUUUGGAUUUGAAAAAAAAGUUGCACUUUUCACAAAAAUGCAGGCUGGCAUCCUGUGCAAUAGUUAUGAGAUUGCAAGCUGGACUUAGCUGAGGAUUUACAUUUAUGGUUAUUAACAACCAAGCAUGGCCCUCCCAAAUGUUUUUAGCUGGUUGGUGUUGUUAUCUGCCCUCAUGUUGGCCUGGACUCCCUGCGACCCUGUGGGUAAAACAUCUCCAAGACCUCCUGGCCUCCACUACACUGCUUAAAUUUUGUAGAUUCAGGCCCAUAACCUCCCUGAUUGAGUCCAUUUAUCUGGCAUGUGGCCUUCCUCUCUUUCAGCCACCUUCUGUCUUUCCUGGCAUUCUUGCUUUUAAUAAUGACUUGUGCCUUCUCAUGAUGUGGCCAAAGGACAAAAGCCUCAGUUUUGUCAUCUUGGCUUCCAGGUCGAGUUCUGGU